AUGUCAGAGACAUCAUCUUCCAAACCCCGUAUCAUCCUGGGCUUGAUGACAUUCGGCCCAGACCCCAACUUAGGAGCCCGAAUCACAUCCCUCGACGAAUUCGGUCAAUGCCUAGACUAUCUGAAGUCAUCCGGUCACUCCGAGGUCGAUACAGCACGCAUGUAUCUCGGCGAGAAGCAGGAAGAAUUCACCGCUGCAGUUGGUUGGAAAGAACGUGGCCUGAGCCUCGCAACGAAAGUCUACCCUACCAAACCAGGCAUGCACAAGCCUGCAAAGCUGCGCGAGAAAUUCGACGAAUCUCUAGCUGCGUUGCAGACCGAUCAAGUGGAUAUAUUUUACUUGCAUGCCGCCGAUCGAUCUGUCCCCUUUGCCGAGACUCUUGAGGAAGUUAAUGAGCUUUCUCAAGAGGGUAAAUUCAAGCGUUUAGGGCUGAGCAAUUAUACCUCGUUCGAGGUUGCGGAGAUUGUUAUCCUUUGUACGGAGAGAGGUUGGGUUCGUCCAACGAUUUAUCAAGCUAUGUACAACGCUAUCACACGGAACAUCGAGACAGAACUCAUCCCCUGCUGCCGCCGCUACGGACUGGAAAUUGUCGUCUAUAACCCCCUUGCCGGCGGCGUUCUCUCAGGGAAAUACAAAACAGACGCCAUAUCACAAGCACCAGCAGAAGGAAGAUUCAGCGACAAAAACACUACAGGCGCCUUAUACCGAAAGCGCUACAUGAACCAACCGAUUCUAGACGCAGUCAAUCUGAUCAGCCCAAUCGCCACAAAAUACAACCUGACACUACCGGAAAUUGCUUUCCGCUGGCUGAAUCAUCACUCGCAGCUGCGGUUGGGGAAGGAUGGUAUUCUGAUUGGCGUUAGUAGUAUCGAGCAGCUUCAUUCAAAUAUUGAUGCUACGCAGAAAAAGGCUUUGCCGCGGGAAGUGGCGGAUGUUCUUGAUGAGGCGUGGAUGUGUGUUAAGGCUACCUCGGCUGCUUAUUGGCAUCUUGAUUUGAAGUAUACGUAUGAUACUGAGGCAACGUUGUUCAAGGAGUGA